GAAAUAAACGGAUACUAUAGGAAGCGGGGAUUAUCGAAAAGGGCCGACAGUCGAUGGAGAAUUCGAUUCUUCUUUCCAUCCUCUACGUAUAAUCGAAUAAUGCGUCGUUUUUAAUCAAUUCCAUUUUCUUUCCUCGAAUUACGAGGAAUCCAAAUCGACUCGACGAGAUGGAAAUAGAAAGAGAAAGAGAGAGAAAUUGAUCCGAGAGGAUCGGUUGAUUCGAUCGUGGACAGUUUGGAGCGUGGCGCGUGAAAAGGCAUCGGCGGAUCUCUCGGCGGACGGGAAGAACGAGAUCUGUGCUCGAUCGUCGGACGAUCGUGGCCGGGCAAAGCGUCGAAGGAGAGACCCUUUCCCCUCGUGUCGAGGUUGGUCGGUGGGCACGAUCGCGAAGCAACAAGUGUUGGCAGCUCUUCGGCCCGUCGCUCCGCCCCCAACUAGCAGUCGCUGUUGGAGCGAUCGGUGGAAAGUGCCCCGAGGCGAUUCAACCACCUCACUCGAGCGUCGAUCGCGCAAGCAACUGGAAAUCCUCGUCUCGCGCUCGUCUCUCUCUCUCUCUUUCUCUCUCUCUCUCCUUCUCUCUCCUCGUUUCGUUCUCUUUUUUUUUUUUUUUUUUUUUUUUCCCCCCCGUUCCAAACGCGAGCGCGAUGUUCCAUAACCGUAACCGUUCGACAGUUUUGUGCACCGUCGAGUGAUCACCGAGUUUUCUCCGUCGUCGUUUCCAUCGUCGACCGAGUGCCACGUUCGUUCGUUCCACGAGGUGUUUCUCGCCCAAUCCUCGGGCGAGAAGGGAGCCACGACGAUAUCGAUACAGUGAUUCUCGCGAAAAAUUAUCGUUCGAGAAAAAACCUUUUUCGAGAAACGAAGGGGAAAACUCUGAAGGAAAUCGGAGCAGUGGUAUUAUUGUAUCGAAAGUAUUUCGGCGAGUAUUAUAGAUAGUUGAACGUGGAGAGCAGCCGAUAGCGGCGACGAAGAAGGGAAGAAGAAAAGAAAUAAAACCGAUACGCAAAAGAAGUAGAAGAAGAAGAAGGAGAAGAAGAGGAGAUUAGAAUUGGCUCGGUUGACGAGACUGGUACGGCGAGGAAAAAGCGAAGGAAAGAUAGGAUACGAGACGAGUUGCCGUCGGCAACUCGAGAUGCGCUCUCGUUGCAGUCGGUCGCUUCGUAAUCGAGCGAAGAAUUAAUUAAACGUGACAAACGUGCGCGUAUUUCUCCGCGAUACCGUCGGAGGGAAGAAGACGGGGACGAGUGUUCGCAACAAAGGGAAGAGAAAAGAAAUCGCCGCCGACGCAGCUGAAGGCAGAAAGGCGAAAAACGGAAGUGACGCGUUAACCGUCGCGAUAAAAUGGUAAUUGCGAUUGAUAAUCGGGCAAGAAUCGCUCACGUUUCUCGUUCGGCGGGCGAUGAACGAGUCUGCGAGUAGCGCGCGAUAAAUCCCUUCGAGAAUUCGAGAAUUCCCAUUUCCAUUCCGAAACGACGGUCGAACGAAGAAAAAAAUCGGGAAGAUGAACGACAUUAUGGGAGAGGCGGGAUCGGGUUCCAUUUCGUCGAGCGCCACCCCGUCUGUCGCCAAUUCCGCCAACGGUUCCACCGCAAUAAACGGGAACACCAACAUCGACAAUGGGAGUAGCAAUGGGAGCAGCAACAAUGGAAAAGCGGGAAAUAUGAAUGGCGGCGCGGUUGCGGCGAACGGAGGCGAGAGAAUCAGCGCCGCGGUUACCAAAGUUCUUCAGGGAUACGAUUGGACCUUGGUACCUGUUGCCACCAAGUAAGGGUUCCGGUGACAAAAGAGCAGCCCACGUGAAGAGACCGAUGAACGCGUUUAUGGUGUGGGCUCAAGCCGCGAGGAGAAUACUCGCCGAUCAAUAUCCUCAACUUCACAACGCGGAGCUGUCCAAGACUUUGGGCAAACUUUGGCGGUUGCUGUCGGACAACGACAAGAAGCCGUUCAUCGAGGAGGCUGAUCGGCUGCGCGUGAUCCACAAACGCGAGCACCCGGACUACAAGUAUCAACCCCGGCGGCGGAAGCAAAACGGGCCGUCGGGGAGGGAGGGGUCGCCGUCGAGGAGCCAGAGCAACGUGACUUUCAACGUGUCCAGGUCGUUGAAGCAGGAGGACGCGAGCCCGCGCCCGGUCCAGGGGCCCAACUCGCCCCAGAGCGGGGUCAGCUCGUCCCCCCCGACCACCCCUAACCAGGGACUCUCGCCACCGACCCCUCCCACUACGCCCCGCGGACAGCACUACGCGAAUCAGUUUUCCCGGCAGGGGAAUCAGCCGCAACCGAGCGCCACCAUGUACCAUCACCACCAAGAGUUGGGAAUCGGUAGCUCGACCGAGCCGUCCUCCCAACACCAACACCAGCACCAACACCAGCAUCAACACCAGCCGGGAGUCGAUUUCAGGUACAUCGAGGUCGGGGACGGUCUGCCGAUCGAGGAGGGCCAAUUGAACGGGCUCGGGUCGCUGGCAGGCGUCGGCCUCAAUCUCCCGUUGAACCUUCAGGAGUGCGAGGUGGAGAGCAACGAGUUGGACCAGUAUCUUCGCCCCCAAGUGCCCCCACCGGUCCACGUACCGGCGCCUACCACCACCACCACCGCCUCGUCCUCCUCCCCGUGGAUAUUCAACAGAUACGACGAGGAGAUGGAGAGACCGAGCAAGCGGCACUGCUCGGAACCGCAGCCGAUAGGCGAAACUUCUUGGGAGGAUCGAGCACAGGCGGACAUAGUCAGAUAUCACGAACUUCAGCCCCCCCUCCCCCCGAUGCAAUACAUAUCCUCCUCCCACAAUUCGCACUAUUCGCACACGGGCACGCAGAUGAGCCAUCCGCACGUGUCCACGUCGUACGCGCAGUACCAACGUUACGUACCUGGUAUCGAAACUUGGCCUCAUUACAUGUAAGUGAGAAGGGAGGGGAGGUUAAAAGAGAAAUCAUCCCGCGCAGAACAACAACAACAACAACAACAAGAACAAGAACCGCGACGAACAAUUCCCUCGUUUGCGAGUUACGACUCCUCCACGCACAUCCCCCUCCCUCCAUUCGAUCCAGUUUUUUUUUUUCCAACAGAUUUUAUCGCUGAUUUUGUUCACAAUCGCGUCUCUGUAAGCACGCGUACGCGUUCAAAUGUGCAUAAUAUAGGUGCGCGUGUAUGUGUAUAUACAUAUAUAUGUACAGGAGGUUAUACGUGUAUACGUUCAUUACGUAUUUAACAGAAGGGAAACUGGAUCGUGCGAAAUCUAUCGACCGGUCGGAAGUUUCCGCGUUUUCGCUCCGCGUUGGAAACGCGUAGCUCCGAUCGUUGGACGGCGUGGAAAGAGAAGGACGCGAGAGAGGAGGCACGAUCUUACUCCAUGACAUCAUUCCAUGACAGUCGGCCAUUCCAAAGCGCAGAAUUUCAGGCUAAACAAACAGCACGCUCGAUACGAUACCCUGCCGCGUGAUGAUCUAAAUAUAAUAAUAAUAUAUAAGGCUUGAAGUGUGCGUGCGUAUACCGGCCUUUGCGCCCGCGAGGCCGAACUCGUACGCGCGCUCUUCAAAAUAAACUCGCGAAAUUCGAUCGCGACUCGAAAAGAGAAACUGACCGCUCUCCGAAUUUCGAAACGAUGGAUCCGCCUCCUACGUCACCGUCCGCCGCCUCCUUCCUCGGGGGGGAGGAGGGGACGAUUUUUUCACGGGGAAGAAUCUCAGACACCGGGGGGGGGGGGGGAUUCGUAUCGAGCGAGAUAAUCGCGAGACGAGAAGCACGAGAAAUCGUCGAGAUAAAUAAGGUAUUAACGCCGAUAACCGUGCUUUUGUACUUACAUUUAUCGUUUAGAUAUACAAUUUAUCGCGCAUCCUGUAACAAGCGCGAAACUUUGAAGCGUAGAAACUUGUAGAGACACGUUGUUUAACGCGCGAGCGUUCGAAGAGAGCGUUAAUUUAUAAGUAUGACGAUAUGUUAUUAUUAAGAUUUGUCCGAAAAAUAAAGGAAAAGAAAAAAAGAAAAAAAAGAAGAAAGAAACAAGAGUUUUUCGAGUCGAAUGACGAUAAAAGUAUCUCAACCCUUCCUCUCCGUGGGAGAUCGUCGGGAAUUUCGGCCGAGUGUGAGUCGGGACGGGUGUGCGUAGACACGGCGUAGCAGGUCUGAAACGGACGAAAUUUUCGCGAUCGUUUGGGCGAUGUGACAGAACAAGCGAAAAAGGACAAAUAUUUGAAGAGUUAGGAAGGUUAGAGUCGAGGCUUACUCGAGGGAAUAAAGGACGAGGGAAAUAGAAGUACCCGCGAAUGGACCGUUCCAAGUUUUUUUCAAGAGCAAACAGGCCUUAUCGCGCAACGGAAUAUCCGUCCGACGAACGAACGUGGGAAUAGCGGUGUCGCGACUUUUACGCCACUUACACCCGCGGACUCGAGAUUAAAACGAAGGGCCACGCGUGUUUUUCGUCGUCCGACGAUCGCAUUCACGUUCGCUCUCUCGACGAGGAUCGGAUCGUUUUUCGGAUCGCAGUCGAGCCGAGUCGAGUCGAGUCGAGUCCGAUAUCGCGAACAAAGAAGCAAACCUCGUUUCACGACGUCACGAUUCGAUUCGAACGCGAGGAAACGAACGCGUCGUGUUGGAUCCAUUUCUUUUUCUUUUUUUUUUUCGAAUCGACCAGCGAAGAAAAAAGAGAGAAUGGGAGGGAAAAGGAAAAAGUUGACGAGAGUCAGCGUUCCACAGCUGUUUGGUUUUUUCGCGGGUACUCGUGUCGCGUCGGUCGAGAUAUCUCGAGCCUUCUCUCCAUCCGUCUAAAACGUCUUCUCUUCUCGGGAUUCUUGGAGAGUUUGGUAAAACUAACGAUGCACGCCCCAAGUGCUUCACUUACCACUGGAUUCUUGACCCCGGAAAUGCUUCGAUCGACUUAUCGCCCGAUUAUUAAUUCCGAUCGGCCGAGGAGACGUGACAAUGGCUGGUUGGGAGGGGAGGGGAACGAACGCACCUUUUAUCGAAGGGGGGGGCCCCGAGAUUUUCAAGAUUGUUCCGCGAAGCGAAGAAAAAAAUGUCGAAAUCUCGUGGAGCGGUCCGGAUACGAAGCGAGUGACGGACAAAGAGGCAUUCAGUUAUAAAGUUAUCGAGACGUUCGGUCGAUAUAAUUAAUUUACUGCGGGCUCGGUCUUCUCGCGCUAAUCACCGGCGCGCUUUUAAUCUCGGAAUCCAUAAAUAUCACGAUGCUGAAAGACGGAGGGAAUUCUCGCGAAAGCAGGAAGCGAUCGCGCCUCCGUCUCCUUUGCCUAGUUUUUCUCCUCCCCUCUUUCCGACCCUCUUUCCGAUCUCCUCUCCACUCUUCCUUUCGAACACGCGCUUUUCGAAAAGCGCGUGUUCGAAAAUCGGAGUACGUUGACAUCCUCCUAGAUUCGAUGUACGAUGUAAAUAUUUGCCCGUUAGGGCAGAUAGGAUCGAUAAAUUUUUGGACAGUUCGAGCAUUAUUCGGAUCGAGCACAAAGAGUCGUAAAUCCUUACGCAGCUGUCCCGAUUCUCCUAUUAUCGCUCGGUUAUAUUUUCCUUGCUAUCCAUUCAUCGGAAUCUCGACGCGAGCCACGCGAGACCGCGAUACACGCGAUACACACCAGAGAUACGCGCUCGGCCUAAUCUCGAUAAUGCGCACAACCCUUUGCUCUCUCUCUCUCUCUCUCUCUCUCUCUCUCUCUGUAUUGCCUUCCUCGAAAUCCCGAGAAUAAAAUUGUUCGUCUCGGGCAGAACCGUGGAGCGAACCCAUUCGCUGACGGACAACGAAGGCAUCGAGCCUCUUAUCGCGCUCGUGCAAUCGUAUCCCUAAUUAGCGGAAUAAUUAACGUAUUUGGAAAGCGGUUCGAGAUUCGUCUCUCGUUUAUCCUUUCUCUUCCCUCGCCCUCCGUCGCCGAUCGUUUCCUCCGUCAUUCCGUCUCGUUUCGUCCCUCGUGUCGUCUUCGCAUCUCGCCUCGUUUCGAAUCUAAUCGAAUCGAGUAACAAAGUACACACCGAGUCGCGUCGCGUCGACGGCCACGUGUGAAUUUCACCGAGCUUUUACGUAUCUACACACACACACAUAUAUAUAUAUAUAUAAAGCGAAACGGACCCAUUCCUUCCGAGAGUCUCUCAUGCCCGAUGCUCUUCUUCAAUAGCAAGUCAAACACGCGUACCAUCGGUUUAUCGUCCUGUUACCAUGGUAAUUAUGCGCCAGAUAUCGAUAAAUUCUCCUCUCCACAGCUAGUUUUACAUUUGCCGCACCUUAGCCUAAGUAACUUAUCGAAUUACUUUACACGCGUGUAUAUAUAUAUUUCACGAUACAUUUCUUUCCUUUUCCCUUACCUUACUCGGCUUUCUGCUUUUGUUUUGUUUUUUUUUUCUUCGAAGAAUCCUUCUCCACGCGGAUUCCCGUUCGAUUCUUGUGGUAAAAAGAAUCGCAAAAUUUUAUCGUGCAACUUAACCUAGCGAGAGAGGAAAAAAUAUCAGUUUUAUAGAUGUUUCGUAGAAAUCGAAUCUCUUAUCUCCGAGAUAUAUUUAGAUAGAAUGCGACAGAAUUUUUUUUUACCAACUCGAGUUUGAUUUCGAAAGUUGUAAUGGUAAUUAAAUAGGUUUUAAUAAUAAUGCUGUUACAAAUAAUAGCAUACUAAUAUUUUUAAAAGCAAGUUAUUCCCGAGAUCAGUGUCAUCUUUCAUAUAUCUGAAUUCUUUUAAUAACGAUAAAUAUCAGAGAUUCUUCCAUCGUUCGAUUUCAUUCUUGUAUUUAUAUUAUAUGCAAUUUCAACAAUGCGUUGUUUUGUAUCGUUUAAGACAAAAUUAUCAGCUACAUUUUUAAACAACAUCGACGCAUUUCAUCCAUCGAUCCUCUUAUUUUUCUUCUUCUUUUUUUUUUUUUUUUUUCCUCUAAAAACACACGAUCCGCUUUAAUCCGAAGUUUAGAGCAAUCUCUUCUAACCGACCGUAGGAUAUCGACGAUAAAUUUCGGCCGAAAAACGCCGAAAUACGAUAGAAGCAUGAAAAAAUGCAAGGAAACCAUUGUUCUUAUUGCCUCGGCACUGUUCAUUAUAGUACAGUAAUAUCUUAUUUUUAGAAUAGAAAAAUGAGCAAAAAUAAUCUUUUUUUAUCGACUUUGUAAAUUCUUCUAGUUCUUAGCUCUCAAACAAAUUAAUUUCAUUAUUAAAAGGAAUAGGAUCAAGAAUAA